GUGAAAUUGUCGCAUCUGGGAGCGUGGAGCCAGACAGACCCAAAGGGGAGGCGCGGGGUCAAAGUGCGCCGGCCUGGGCGCGGACGCGGCAGCCACCCUUCCUCCGAAAGCACCAGCUCGCUCAGCCGGGUGGAGCCGAGGCAGCAGCCCCGGGAGGAGGAGGCCUGUUACCCCGCCGGCCUCCCCUUUUCGGAGGCCUCCAGAGCAACCUGCGGGUCCUUUCUCGCGAAAGACAAGCAUCUCCGUCGUUCGCGUCACAGUGACCCGGGCCCAGCGCCCCCUUGUCCCCGCCAGCCCGCAGUUCUCUCGGGUCCCGGGGAGCACUAGGCGGAGUUGCUCCGGCUGUGGGUGUCGGUUAUGGGAGUCUGAGGCUGAUGAAUGAUGCUUGAUGGCAGAUGAGUAUUACCUGUUGCUUAAAGAUUGACGGUAGGAGGCAAGACUCCCAGUUACUACCUGAUCAAGAGGAAUUGAGAUUGACCUAUCCAUUAAAUUCAGACACUGUCUUGAAGAGACUUUGGGAACAAGAAAUAUUUGGGCAGAUUUCACUCUCUGACUCAAUGGAUGCCAGACAUUGAUCUUUCCCCUUGUGGUCGUCUUUCCCAAGACUUUUUCUGUCUUCAUAAGGAGAAGUCAGAAGGGGAAAAGACUGUGGCUGGAUCUCUGACAAAUUAUUCUCAGUGAAUAUUGGUGGAGAUGGCAAUUGCCUGAUGCCAAGAUGUCUGUGAUGGUUUAGGACCCAGUGAGAGAACGUGUCUGUGGAAGUCAGCCAGGAGGAGUGGACUUUGCCGGAACAAAUUCAGAGAAACCUGUACAGAGAUGUGAUGCUGGAGGACUACAAGAAUCUGGUUGCAAUACGUGGAACAAAGAGGAGAGCUGAGGACACUGGGAAGAGUUCUGCAAAGCGAGGGAGAAGGCAGAUUGGGACGCAUGUCUUAAUACCAAAUGGUCAGCACCUCAGCAGAAUAUUUUGCAGGGGAAACAUCCAGUGUGGUGGAAAUGGUGUUCAAAUUCCUAUUUCCUGGAAUCCUAGAAUUUACUUUAGGGAUGAUCCUUUGAUGGCUCUGCUUGCUCAGGACCCUGCCUGGCCAGGAGAGAGACACACCAGAGGAACUAUGGCUGCAGGAUUGCUGAGAACCUGGUCACAGGACUCAGUGACCUUUGAGGAAGUGGCAGUAGACUUCUCCCAGGAGGAGUGGGCAUUGCUGGAUCCUGCUCAGAAAAUCCUGUACAGAGAUGUAAUGCUGGAGAACUUUAGGAACCUGGCUUCAGUGGGGUAUCAUCUCUGCAAACACAAUCUGAUCACUGAAGUGGAGCAGGAAGAACUGAGGCCAGAGGAGAGAGGAAUUCUCCAAGGUGCCUGUACAGUUUCAGACUGGGAUACUCAACUGAGAUCCAAAGAUGCAAUUCCUAUGCAGAAUGUUCCUGGGGAAAAAACUUCCAAUGGCAGAAAAAUGGCACCAACUCAUUCUGGCCGGAAACCCUUAGAAUUUGAUCGUUGUGGAAAAUUCUUCAGAAGGAGCUGUCACCUUAUUUGUGCAAGAUAUUGCAAGGGAGAGAAAUGCUACAAAUGUAAAGAAUAUGGGAAAGACUUCAGCCAUCCCUCAACCCGUAGAAGUCAUGUGAAUACUCACACUGGAGAAAAAACUCUUGUAUUUAAUGAUUGUGGAAAAGCUUUCAAUCAAGAGUCAUCCCUUAGGAAAUGCUUAAGAGCUCUCACAAAAGAGAAAUCUUAUGAGUGUUAUCAAUGUCUUAUAUCCUUCAGCUUACACUCUUCCUCUUCAGUACAUGACCAAAUACCUACAGGAGAGAAACUCUGUGAAUGCAGUGUCUAUGGGAAAAGAUCUUCUCUCAGUGUCCACCAAAAACUAUAUACUGUGGAGGAAAGCUUAAAAUUUAAUGAACAUGAGAAAGUUUUCACUGGCCCCUUGUCCCUUCAGAAAUAUGUGAAACCUCACCCUGGAGAGAAACCUUAUGAAUGUAGUGACUGUGGGAAGGCCUUCAUUUUUCAUUCUUCCCUUAAGAAACACGUUAGAUCACACACUGGAGAGAAACCUUAUGCGUGUUAUCAUUGCGGAAAAUCCUUCAGCCAGAGCUCUCAUCUUAAUGUGCACAAAAGAACUCACACUGGAGAGAAACCCUAUGACUGUAAGGAAUGUGGCAAGGCUUUCACUGUUCCUUCCUCCCUUCAGAAACAUAUGAGAACCCACACUGGAGAGAAACCCUACGAAUGCAGUGACUGUGGGAAAGCCUUCAUUGAUCAGUCAUCCCUUAAGAAACAUACACGGUCUCACACUGGAGAGAAACCUUAUGAGUGCAAUCAGUGUGGAAAAUCCUUCAGCACAGGCUCUUAUCUCAUUGUACACAAGAGAACUCACACUGGAGAGAAAACCUAUGAGUGUAAAGAAUGUGGGAAGGCCUUUAGGAAUUCCUCUUGCCUAAGGGUCCAUGUGAGAACUCACACAGGUGAGAAGCCCUAUAAAUGUACUCAGUGUGGAAAAGCAUUCAGCACCAGCACUAACCUUAUAAUGCACAAGCGAAUACAUACUGGGCAGAAACUCUAUGAAUGAAAUGACGGUGGAGUAGCCUUAAGUGGUCCUUCACACCUCACUUCUCAUUUUAGAACUCACACUGGAGAGAAACCUACAUUGUGAUCAACGUAGAAAGCCUUUAGGUACAUCUCUUGAUUCACCUUAUACCAGGACCAACCUUAUAAAUGUUAUAGUUCUGUGAUUAUCUUUAUCAGUGAGUGUUUCAUCCUUAAAGUGUGACAGCUUAUUAACUGAUGAGUGCUAAAGGUUAUGUAGCACUCUAAAUUCUCCUUGAUCUACAUCACAAAAGUUUUGAUGUAUAAUGUUUUCAUUGUAAUUUAGUAUUAAACAUUGUCCAAUCCUCAUCAAGAUGUCUUGGACUUAUAGGUUAUUUAGAAGUUUAUUUUUUAAUGUGCAGACUGUAUCAUAUUUUAGUUAUCUUUUUGUCCUAGAUUUCUUACUUAAUUGAAUUAUGCACAGAAUGCACGAUCUUCAUGAUAGAGAUGCUAAACAAUAUAGAUUCAAACAGAAAAUUGUUGGAGACUUGCUGUGUGGCCUAAUGUGUGAGACACUACACAUUGCCAUCCCAAUGUCCAGUUUUCCCUUCCUUCCUUAAAGUAACAAAACUACAAUUUUGUUCACAUUGGCAGGGUGGACAAUUUUUUAAGGACUCAGCUCCAGCUUUCCUUGCAGCUCUGACUGCCCAUAAGCCCAUAGUUCUGUCCAGUGAGCAAUAGGCAAAGGUCACUGCUUGUUGGUUCUAAAGAAGCCCAUGGAAAUGGGAGCAUCUCAUUUGGCAUUUUCUCUUUACCCUUUGCCUUGUCUCUUCUUUCCUAGAAAAUAGACCAAGAGGAUGACAGUCAUAGGCUACUGAUUAUACGAGAGGGACAUACAAUAUUAUUUGGCUGUACCAGCCUUGGGUUGCUUAUUUCUGGACUUCAUGGAACAUGAGAAAAAUAAACUCCUACCUGGUUUAAACUAC